GUGGGACCUUGUUUUUCUAGAAUUACAAACUGAUCUCGCUGUCAUGCUGGCGGCGUGCAGGCUCUCAGAGGGCUCCCAGAGACCCGCUUUUAAGCCAUUUCUGAAGGGAAGUGUUUAUUUAGACUGAGAUUUAGCUCUCACCCACACAAGGAUGUCUCUGCCAGUCACUUCCCGUUCAUUUCUACUGCUUCAUCUCCAGCGGAGGUGGAUGGGGUAUGUUAUACAGAGCACAUACCCCAGCAGCUGCACGUGGCCCUGCAACAAAGAGGAACAAGGCAUGACAGAGGACAGCUCCAUCUCGCUCACCUUGCACAGCUUACAGCUGCCUUUUUCCAAUACCUGGAAGUAUGGGAUCUUGGCAAUAGCCAUCCUUUUGCUCCUGGUGGCCCUGACCAUCUUAGCUUGCCAGGUGUGUCAGCUCCAGAAACGCCACAGGGCUAGGAAAAAGAAGAAAUACCACAGUGAAGACAGGGUGAGGAUAAGGGCAGGGAACGGCUUUUGGGGGAAGAAGAUGCCACCUCUCCUGCUUGACACCUCUAAGCCGAGCAAUGUGGAUUUCAAGAUGACGGAGUUACGAGCAGAGCCGGGCGAGCCACAUUCCUGCCCCUCCUGCAGCACCACCGAAGACCCGAGCAGUGAUGGGGGACUCCUGCCCAGCUCCCGGGGCAAACUGAAGUUCUCUCUCCUCUACCGCAGAGAGCGAUGUGAGCUGCUCGUGAGCAGCCUGGAGGCAUGGGGGCUGCCAGGCCGCGGGCACGCCAGGUCUGCUGUCCGGGUCCGACUGCUGCAGGAGGUCCCGUCCCACAUCCCUGGGCUCCAGUGCGUGGUCCAAGAGUGGAGAAGCCGGGUGGUGAAGAGCUGCAGCAGGCCAGCCUUCGGGGACCAUUUUGUCUGCUCCCUGCGGGACGCCGAGGUGGAGAAGAGCACUCUGAAGUUGGAGGUUCAACGGUUUGACAAAUACUCCAGAAACGCUGCGCUGGGGGAAGUCAGGGUUGCCCUGAGGGAGCUGAAGGCUUCCCGAAGCCUGGCUGUGUGUGCAGAGCUGCAGAAGACCACAAAGGACAUCGUGGGAGAAGUGCUCGUGUCGCUGAAGUGCCUUCCCAUCUCUCAGAGGAUAGAGGUCGGGCUGCUCAAGGCAAAGACGACCCCCCCUCGCAGCACUGCAGAUGUAUAUGCGAGGAUCGAUGUUUCCUGCAGGCACCACAGACAAAAGCACCAGAAGUCCAGGCCGCGGGCCCACACACCGCUCAUCAUUUUCAACGAGACUUUUCUGUUCCACAUGCCUGAGCCUCCCGUGUGGGACUGCACCGUGCUUGUCUCCAUUUACCAAGUGGGCUCUGACCCCAGGCACCUCAUCGGACAGGCCACGGUGGAGAAGAGCAGAGCGAGGGAAGCGUCCGACCACUGGGACCUCGUGAAGAAGUCCAUCCAGCAGCCCGUAGCUCAGUGGCACCCUCUCCUCGUUUAGAGGAGCACCGGUUCCUCAUGCUGAAGCUGGCCAAGUUGUCUUUCAUGAAGACAAAAGAGCAACGCUCAUGGCAGGCAUUAGCUAAAAGAUGGGUCAGAGCCUGGAACUGUUGAUAAGACAGAAAUAAUGAUCUCUGCUGUGUUUGGCUCCCUCCCUGCUUCGUGCUGCUGCUCCAGGCAGGGAGAAGGUUCUUCUUCUCUGCUGGUCCCGUAUCAUAUUUAAUAUAGCAGCAGGGUUUUAGCACCACCUUGGGCUGGAGGUUUGCCCCUGUGCAAGGAAAUAACGCCUGCCCUGAGGUGCUCACUGCUUUGGGUGGACAAGAGGAAAAACGGGAUGGGGAGGAGGAGUCACAGCUUAACAUUUCACCUGUCUCCCUGUCCUGGUCUGAUAAGAAGAGAACCAUUUGGCAUUUCCUACACCCCUGGCAUGUCCUUCUGACUAAUUUCCCAGGCUUUCAGGGUGGCACAUUCCCUCACAUGGAUGGCAGCAGCCAUCCUCCCUGCCUGCCUGCAGGCAGGUGUGGGUUGGAGCUCCAACUUUCCCUUUUUUACAUUUUUUUCUUAGUGACAGUCCUCAAAAAUCCUACCUCUGCUCCAGUCACAAGACACGUAAGAUGUCACCUUAUGAGAAAGCUGUUAAAUGUGUUUCUGUACACAGUGUGACCAAAAAAAAAAAUGGUAAUUUAGGUCACAACGACUUACGUGGUGUGGGAAGCAAGUGAAAUGAGGCCAACAGAAAAGAAGAGAGAGGAGGAUGCGCUGGUGCUGAUGUCCUGCAGCCACCAAGCCUUGCCCUGCUCCUCUUGUGUUUGUUUGCCUUGAAAGGUUGCAGCACAGACCUUUAGUUGUGCUGCUCUUGCAAGCAAUUACUGAAUGCACGUGGCCAGCAGGUCUGACAGGCCCAAGCAGCUACAAAUUGAGGAAGAAAAAGGUGGAUUAUAAAUAAAGAGAUACUAUUUCCAUAUGAAUAUACUCAUUAUAAAACAAAGACAUACAGGCAUGGAUACAGGUGAGCAAAUAGCUCUGCAAAUCCUACCAGGAAAACAUCACCAGAGCAAGGCACUGUCAAACAGCAGGGCCAUAUCGUUCACUUACUUUCCCCGUCUCAAGGCCAACCUGCAACAAAUAAAUCAGCCUCUAGCUCACAGGUGAACACGCCGCUCAGGAGACUGUCAGUGCAAUGAGUCAGUGUGUUUAUACUGUUAAACUAUUAAGAUAAUUUUAAUCCUUGAACUGUCAAAGCUUCUAUAAUUAGCCUCCAGCAACUUCAGAUUUGGAGCUAUUAAAAUGAAUUGGAGAUUUAUUUCUGUGCAAUUGCUCAUCCUGGCUGUUGGCAAUUUGACUGGUUUGGGUGUGCCUGUGCUAGCAGGACUCUGAGCAUGAACCACAGGCUUGUGUCCUUGCACAGCUUCUCCAGCCUCCCCACGGCAAUUACAGACAGCAGCGUUCUUGGGAUCGGAGCAGAAUUCCCUGCUGAAUUGAAAGGAGAAGUGUUCGUCACCCACAAGUUCCUGAGGAAGGAUGGUCCCACAAAACACGCAGUUACAGCGAACAUCCCAGAAGCAGCACCGACACAGACAAUAGCAGCACGAAGCGCCGGGGAUUUCAUGUGCUUGCAUGUCAUCUGAAUUCAGAGAGAGAUCUUAAUUACCUAGAAAUACUUUUUUUUUUUUUUUCCCAAGUCUUUUUGCUUCCUUGGUAGGAAAUUUCUCUCUGACAGAGUAAAUACUACAAUAUGUGCAAGUA